GGCGACAGCGAGCGAGAGCGGGGCGCAUCAGCCGUGCAACCCACCGAACUCAGCCAUGUUUCGUCUGGGAUGUCGGAAGGGCCCGGGCCAUGCCACGCCUCUGGAGGCCAUGAACAAGGGGCCUCGCGAAGAGCUCAUUUACGUGCCGUGCAUCACACCGCAGGGGCAGCACGACUACCUGGCCACUGUUGAUCUGAACAGACAACAGGUGAUCCACCGGCUGGUGAUGCCUCACGUCAAUGACGAGCUGCACCAUAGCGGCUGGAACUCGUGCUCCAGUUGCCAUGGCGACUGCAGCAAGAAGAGAGACAAACUCAUCUUGCCGGCGAUCGGCAGCAGCCGCAUCUACAUCGUCGACAUCAGCAACCAGAGGACGCCGCGCCUGCACGAGACGGUGGAGCCGGAGGAGAUGUCGGCCUUGAACGUGUCAACCCCGCACACGUCUCAUUGCCUGGCUUCCGGGGAGAUCAUGAUCUCCACCUUAGGCGACAAAGAUAGGGAAAACCGGGGGACGUUCGUUCUCCUUGACGGGAAAACAUUCAAACUUAAAGGCACGUGGCCCGCCGACAACCUAUCCGUGCCGUUCAACUACGACUUCUGGUACCAGCCGUACUACAACGUCAUGAUCUCCACCGAGUGGGGCUCACCACGUGCCUUCGGUCGGGGUCUCAACCUCGACGACCUCGCCGCCGGCCGCUACGGCACCCACCUGAACAUCUGGGACUGGACGUCCCGACGGCUGAUGCAGAGGAUCGACCUGGGCGCCGAGGGCGUGAUGCCGCUCGAGAUUCGGUUCCUGCACGACCCGAAGCAGGCGCAAGGGUUCGUCGGGUGCGCGUUGAAUGCGGCCGUAUACCGGUUCUACCUGGAGCCGAGCGGAAACUGGGCGGCGGAGAAAGUGAUCACAAUUCCACCGAAGAAGGUGGAGGGGUGGAUCCUGGAGGAUAUGCCAGGCGUGAUGACCGACAUCCUGAUCUCGCUGGACGACCGCUUCCUCUACUUCUCCAACUGGGUGCACGGCGACGUGCGGCAGUAUGACAUCUCCGACCCGCGCCGCCCGCGGCUGGUCGGCCAGAUCUUCCUCGGCGGCAGCAUCCUGGAUGACGGCAAAGUCAAGGUUGUUCGGGACCAGGAGCUGACGAAGCAGCCGUCGCCGGUGUACAUCAAGGGACGGCGCAUCGAGGGGGCGCCGCAAAUGCUGCAGAUGAGCCUGGACGGCAAGCGGCUGUACGUCACCGACUCGCUGUUCUCGCCAUGGGACAAGCAGUUCUACCCCAGCAUGGUCAGGCGUGGCACAAUGAUGCUGCAGAUUGACGUAGACACCGAGCGUGGAGGCCUGACCCUCAACAAGGACUUCUUGGUCGACUUCCACGACGAGCCAAACGGCCCCGUCCUGGCUCACGAAAUGAGAUAUCCUGGUGGAGACUGCACGUCAGACAUCUGGCUGGCACCUGAGGCCACCAAGGGCAGCAGCCUCUAAAGCCAGGCGCCUUGUUCGGAUCUGGAGGUCGAUCCAGAUCCGUCUCGACUUGGGCGAUACCACAGCGUCCAUUUCCAGAACUGUCACGCUUGGGUCACGCCUGGAGGCGUGUACGGAGGAACCCAGUGGACCAGCUCGACGCGGGGCUUGUGUUGUGAGAUUACGAGGAGAUUAAGUGGGGAUGAAGUGGAGGUUCAGCUGCACGAAAACGGACAGCUGCACGGAAGCGGACAGCUGUGCGGAGACAGAUAGCUGUACGCUCUUGAAAAUGUUGAACUUUGUGGUGGGGUGUGUUUUGAGCUGGAAAACGUCAUUCCCGCAUUGGUGAAUGGGAAACUCAUAUGGCAAAUGGAAGCUUUUUUAAUGGUGCUUAGCGAGAAUGGAAGCAAAGAUUUGCAGACGACGUGGUCCAUUUACUACAAUGUACAUCACAGACUUCAAGCGAAUCUUUCACACUUUCUUGUUAUCAAAAAGGGACGAAAUGCGGGUAAACAUGGUGCGCUAACGAUGAUCGACUCUUUGCUGUUAUUAACGGUGUCGGGAAUUUACAAGUUUUGCGAAAGACAGGAUUCAUAACCGUUAGUUCAUACAAAACAAAAGACCGCAUUCCGGCCGCUAUUUACAUUCAACGUUCACCGUCUGUAUAUAUAUAUAUAUAUAUAUAUAUAUAUAUAUAUAUAUAUAUAUAUGUAUGUAUAUAUAUACAUGAGUCUGCUCACUGACAAUGUGGCGAUUUCACACCGUUUGCAUUGGCGUCCAAAGUGGCGUCGUUUUGCAGAACGGGUGGGGCGGGGGCUGAGCAAGAAUGAUGGCUAUAGUUGUCUCAGAAAUACAGGAAAACGAGUGUCUUCUCGAAUUCGGCGCACUUUUCCGUCACAGUUAUGGAAAGUAGUGCUCCUUCAAUUGAAUAGGAGCCUGCGCCCCUGAGGAGCGUUCUCUGAACACUUCUCGAGGUGUAGGGUAAACUUUGUGAGGAACACUCCUCAGUGACUUUAUGAACAGACAAGGGCACCAUUUGGAUGCUGCCCGGCAGUGGCAGUUAACACUCCUUGCGAUUUUCGGGCGUCUCUUGCGAUCCUACCACUUUCUGGUCGUUGGACAUCCCCAUGUAAAGUGUAAAUGGGCAUCCCCUACUCGCGAGAUGGUUGAACAAGCUUUGCAUUGGGAGGUGCGAUUGAAAGAAGUAGUUCGUUGCGGAUUUCCCCGCUGUCUAACUU